UUGUUAUUUGAACUUCAAAUUUGCUCGAGUUCGCAUCGUUGUCGUUCGAGUCGCUAGCGAAACGCGCGCGUUUUCUUAGCGUUUUCUGCAGCCUAUACGCCCUAUACGUGUUUGUGUGUGAUUUUGCUUACAAGUGCUGACGCAAGUGCCUGAGCGAUUUGUGGAUCCGAUCCGUUCGCGUUGUUGCAUCACGAAUCGAGAAUGAAGACGCAACACCGACUACUCUGCUUGGCUCUGAUCGCCCUCAGUUCCUCUGCCCUGGCACAGGAAUACGGAGGAUACGACUAUCCAGUACCGAAGGUUUCCUUUUCGGACGGCUACUCCUAUCCGAAGCCGGCCAUACCGUUCCCACCGCCAGCGCCCACAGUGAGCAGCGGAUACUCGUAUCCAAAGCCAUUGGUGCCAUUCGUGCCGGAACAGCCCAAGUACAGGCCGCCGGUGCAGCAGAUCAUUCCACAGGAGCCGAAGCUGGUUCAGGGAUACUCCUACCCGAAACCAGCGCUGCCAUUCCCACCGCCGACGCAGCCCCAGCAGAUCAGAGUGACCGCGCCGCCGGCGCCAUCAGCAGGAUACGCUUAUCCCACGCCCUCGAUUCCCUUCCCACCACCACCACCCAGGACUCCUCCCCCACAGCCGAAGCAGCAGGGCUACGACUAUCCCAAACCCAGAAUCCCAUUCCCAGCUCCCACUCUCCCACCCCAGAAAUACCUGCCUCCUGUGACGACUGCGAGCCCACCAGUGCCCAAGUACCUGCCCCCAGUGCAACCACAGCCCACGUAUCUGCCACCACCUCAGCAGAAGCAGCAGGGAUACGACUAUCCCAAGCCAGCCAUUCCGUUCCCACCUCCGACGAAUCCACCACAGAAAUUCUUGCCCCCCGUGACGCCUACGAAGCCGCCACAGCCGAAAUACUUGCCACCAGUCAUCAAACCAACACUCCCACCCCAGCCAAAGUACCUGCCGCCACCACCUCAACCCAAACAGGGCUAUGAGUAUCCCAAGCCAAUCGUUCCAUUCCCACCAGCAACGAAUCCACCACCACAGCCCAAGCAGGGCUACGACUAUCCCAAGCCAGCCAUCCCAUUCCCACCACCCACCAAUCCCCCACAGAAUUACCUUCCUCCCGUUGUCCCAACCAAACCACCGCAACCCAAGUACUUGCCUCCUGUAAAGCCCACUAGCCCACCACAGCCGAAAUACCUGCCUCCUCCUCCCCAACCCAAACAGGGUUAUGAGUAUCCCAAGCCCGCCGUUCCAUUCCCACCACCACAGAAAUAUUUACCACCAGCAACCACCCAGGCACCACAGCCCAAAUACCUACCUCCCGUCCAAGCCACUUUGCCGCCACAGCCCAAGUAUCUGCCACCUCCUCAACCCAAACAGGGUUAUGAGUAUCCCAAGCCCGCCAUUCCAUUCCCACCACCGACCAAUCCACCACAGAAAUAUUUACCUCCUCCCGUAAGCACAACUGCACAGCCGGCGCCAAGGUACUUGCCCCCAACAAACCCACCGCAGCCCAAGUACCUGCCACCUGUGCAACCAACCAGCCCACCGCAGCCGAAGUACCUCCCACCACCGCAGCCCAAACAGGGCUAUGAGUAUCCCAAGCCAGCCAUCCCAUUCCCACCCCCCACUAAUCCUCCUCAGAAGUACUUGCCUCCCGUUAGGGUAACCAUCCCCCCACAACCCAAGUACCUGCCUCCUCCCGUAAAGGCAACCCUCCCACCACAGCCUAAAUAUCUGCCGCCCCCGCAACCAAAGCAGGGCUACGAGUACCCCAAACCCGCAAUUCCCUUCCCACCACCAACGAAUCCACCUCAGAAAUACUUGCCACCCAUCACCACCACCACACCUGCGCCACAACCACCCAAGUACCUGCCACCCCCGCAACCCAAACAGGGCUAUGAGUAUCCCAAGCCAAUUGUUCCAUUCCCACCAGCAACGAAUCCACCACCACAGCCCAAACAGGGCUACGACUAUCCCAAGCCAGCCAUCCCAUUCCCACCACCCACCAAUCCCCCACAGAAAUACCUUCCUCCCGUUGUGCCCACCAGCCCACCACAGCCCAAGUACCUCCCCCCACCACAGCCUAAGCAGGGAUACGAGUAUCCCACGCCAGUCAUUCCAUUCCCACCUCCCUCGCCCAAGACCGAGGGCUACUCAUAUCCGAAGCCAGCGAUCGCCUUUGAUUUCUGAUCCCUCAUCCGUCGCCCCUCCACCCCUGCACCGAUCACUGAUCAAAUGACACGAUUGCCUCUGUGUGCGCAUAGUGAUCCUUAGGAACGUACGAAAUUGAAUAUUUGUAAUUAACUGUAAUAAUUUAAUUUAAUACUUAAUUUUAAUGAUAUACCAGGGUCCUGCCUGCGAACUCUACGAUCGAACUUAGUCAUUAAAAUAUGUUUAUUAAUUUUUUUUUAAAGAUUACGCAGCGCUGCCGAAAUUAAACGACCUAUGUGAAUGUUAA